AAAUGGUCGGUCGACACAACAAGUGUAUUAAGGUAAAACCAACAAGGUCUAGCUAUAAAAAUGUUUGUGGAUGUUAACGUUAUAGGUCGCAUCUGUGCUAAAAUACUACUUCUGCUGCUGAAUGCGUGUUGCAUUCUCGUAGCGUUAUGCACGUUCAUCUUCGCUGUGGUGGACACCAAGAUACUUAAGCAAUAUGGAGAGGACCGAGCGAGUGGUACAUUCACCGGUGACAUCAUCAUCAUCGUCGCCUGCAUGCUACUUAUAUCUUUGGCUUCAUUUGGAUCUGUAGGGGCUGUGAAAGGAGAUGUGAAGAUACUAUACAUCUACAUCGGAUUUCUCAUGAUCAUGGUGAUAUUGGAAAUGCUGAUCGCUAUAUACGUGUCACUGCAACGCUACGGCCUGGAGUUCAAAGUGUCCGAGUGGUUGAGGGAGGACUUCUUCAGGAACGGCACUGAUGAUAUCGUCCAUAACGAUCUUUGGGACAAUUUGCAAAUCACUUAUGAAUGCUGUGGACUCAAUGGGCCAGAAGAUUACAAAGCUGUUCGUAAGGAGAUCAGCUUAUCAUGCUGUCCACGUGCCUUCCGCGCCAGGACGACAUACGCACGCCAACAGCUUUACCGCACUUGUGUUGAGUCCUCUACUUUCUACAACGACGGGUGCGAAGACGAAAUCUUGUAUGCAUUAAGAUCAGAUGCUAAUUGGCUGGUCGGAGUUGCUAUUACGAGUUUUUGGUUUGAGGCCGCAUGCAUGAUACUCGCAAUGUGGGUAGCCAACAACUCCAGAAAAGAAGUAUCAGCUUACAUACAGAGUAUUAGAUACUAGACAUGUUGUAAUAAUAAAAAAAGUAUGAG